AUGUCAGCCUUCCGCUCGUUUGUCGACGGUGCCAAGAAGCUGGCCAUCCACGGCCGCGGCGCCCAGCCAGCCCCUCCGGACGAGCUCUUUGUGCGCACGGACGCGGCCGUGGACGGGGACGACUGUCUGCACGACUGCGCCUCCUGCACGGUGCAGUACCCGCGCGGCUUCAAGAUUGAUGACAACGACCGGCUCUACGGCCUGGUCAAGGGCUGGGGCGCCCAUCUGCUGGUGGCCACCGGCAAGGCCGACUGGGUCCGCGACGUGGCCGACGAGAAGGGUAGCCUGAUGGAGGCAAUCGACCGCGCAAACGCGCCCUCCCACGUCCGACUCAUGCUGUCGGCCUCCAACAUGCCGACACCACCACACCAAGGCGACCACGCCGGCCAUCCCUAUGGCGGGCCCACGCGCGUGCUCCUGCUGCCGGCGUUUGUGGUGGUCGACCAGGUCGGGCCGGCCGACGUCGAGUCCCUGCUGCAGGUCGUCGGCCGGGCGCCGUCCAAUACGAUGUCGAUGGAUGUCUCUUCUGCCUGGCUCUCCCAUAUUCCACCCCCCCUCGCCGUUCGGCCGUCUCCCCACAGCGUGCUCGUGCUGCUCUGCUCACAGAAGACGCGCGAUGCCCGCUGUGGCCAGUCGGCACCGCUGCUGCGCCGCGAGCUCGAACGACACCUCCGUCCCCUCGGACUCUAUCGCGACCUCGACGACGAACGACCCGGCGGCGUCGGUAUCUACUUCAUCUCCCACGUCGGCGGCCACAAGUACAGCGCCAACGUGCUCGUCUACCGCCGCCCAGACCCCUUUGGCAUCGACCACGUCCAGCGCGCCAACCUCUCGCCCGCCGAACAAGAUCGCCUGCCCGAUCGCAUCCGCGCUGCCGUGCCGGCUGUCCUGCGGGGAGAUAAAUCCAACACGGUCUCCGAAAACGGAGCGGAAAACGGAGCUGAACAUGAAAACGGGACCAACCAAAACGGAACCAACCCCGAGAGCGGAGACACUCCCACUCCCACUCCCACAAACUUCCCACCCGGCGCCGCCCAGUGCCUCUGGCUCGCCCGAAUCCGCCCCGAAGACUGUGAGAACCUCGUCCGUUACACCAUCCUGCAGGGCAAGGUUGUCAAGCCUGAAAGCCAGCUGCGCGGCGGCUUCGAUCGCAGCCGCGGCCUUCUCAGCUGGUAA